AUGGAGGGCCUCUUCUCCUCCCUCAAGCUUCUCUCCCUCUCCUUCAUGCUCCUUCUCUUCCUCCUCAAGCUCACCGUCCUCCUCUGGUGGCGCCCCAGAAAAAUUGAAGGCCACUUCUCCAAGCAAGGCAUCAGAGGACCCCCUUAUCGUUUCUUCAUUGGAAACGUUAAGGAACUUGUCGGCAUGAUGUUGAAGGCCUCUUCCAAACCCAUGCCUUUCUCUCACAACAUUCUCCCCAGAGUCCUCUCCUUCUACCACCACUGGAAGAAAAUUUACGGUGCAACAUUCCUAGUUUGGUUUGGACCCACCGUUCGCCUCACCGUCUCUGAUCCAGACCUCAUUCGGGAAAUCUUCACAUCCAAGUCAGAACUUUACGAGAAAAACGAAGCUCCACCCCUUGUGAAGCAGCUAGAAGGUGAUGGCCUCCUUAGCCUCAAAGGAGAAAAAUGGGCUCACCACCGAAGAAUUAUCUCUCCCACAUUUCACAUGGAGAAUCUCAAAUUGCUGAUACCGGUGAUGGCAACAAGCGUGGUUGAGAUGUUGGAAAAGUGGUCGGCAAUGGGUGAGAAGGGUGAGGUGGAAGUCGAAGUUUCGGAGUGGUUUCAAAGCCUAACAGAGGAUGUGAUAACGAGGACGGCAUUCGGAAGCAGCUACGAAGAUGGGAAAGCCAUUUUCCGCUUACAAGGGCAACAAAUGGACUUGGCUGCGGAUGCCUUCCAGAAAGUAUUCAUUCCGGGUUACAGAUUUUUGCCGACGAGGAGGAAUAUAAAAUCAUGGAAACUGGAGAAGGAGAUAAAGAAAUCGCUGGUGAAGCUGAUAGAGAGAAGGAGGGAGAAUUCGGAGAGGGUGGAGAAGGGGGCAAAGGAUUUGUUGGGGCUAAUGAUUGAUGCGUCCAAGAUGAAUUCGAGGAAUGUGACAGUGGAUGACAUUGUGGAAGAGUGCAAGAGCUUUUUCUUUGCAGGGAAACAGACCACAUCCAACCUGCUGACGUGGACGACCAUUCUCCUAGCUAUGCACCCACACUGGCAGGUACAGGCACGUGAGGAGGUUCUCAAGAUGUGUGGAUCACGUGACCUUCCCACCAAAGACCAUGUUGCAAAGCUCAGGACGGUGAGCAUGAUUGUGAACGAGUCGCUGAGGCUGUACCCGCCGACCAUCGCGACAAUCAGACGGGCAAAAGGGGACGUGGAGUUGGGGGGGUACAAGAUACCACGUGGGACGGAGCUGUUGAUUCCAAUCCUGGCCGUUCAUCACGAUCAAGCGAUAUGGGGAAAUGAUGCGAACGAGUUCAAUCCAGGGCGUUUCAGCUCGGGGGUGGCCCGCGCGGCGAAGCAUCCUUUGGGGUUCAUACCGUUUGGGGUGGGUGUGCGCACAUGUAUCGGACAAAACCUGGCAGUGCUACAAACCAAACUGGCCCUCGCAAUCAUACUCCAGCGUUUUAGUUUCAGGUUGGCCCCUAGUUAUCAGCACGCACCAACGGUCCUCAUGCUACUCUACCCUCAGUACGGCGCACCAAUCAUUUUCCAACACUUGUCGUCCACACUCCAUCAUCCUCACCCUCUUCACCACUCCUAG